UGUGUAAGGGUUUUGUUUAUUGGUGGUGAAUUUUAUGAUUUACUAAAUAUUUCUUUUGGUUCACUUUAUUGUUAUGGAAUUUAGGUCUCUUACUGAUGAAUAGUGGUGCUUCUUGGAAUUUUUGUUAUGCAAGUUUAUGUUCUUCUAGAAUCUGUUUGUUUGUGAAUGGUAUUAUUUGCAGACUGCCAUUAUAUAAUAUAGUUUUGGGCUGAAAUCAAAUAAAAGUUAAAGUUUCAGGUAAUCUUGUUGUGUUGGUGGGAAAGGAGAGAAACUUCUGUGGGUGUGUGGUGGGCCACCUGUUGAGAUGGCGCACCCUGAUAGUCGUGGUGCGAUCGAAGUUUCUUUCGUGUGAAAGGGAUAUCAUAAUUGAUUUGAUUGAAUUGUAAUUGAGAUGGAGAAUAAAGGAAUCAGAUCACUUGAACUGAACAUUUUGGAUUAUCUAUGUUGGAGUUAAAUCUUUAUUUCUUCUAUAAGAUUUAGUAUUUGGUAUAUACCCUCUGCACUCAAGGAUGAUCUAAAUUAUGAAAAAAAUUUGACUCCAUAAUUGUUUUUCGUUCGCACUUAAUAAUUUCUUGAAUAUUCACAACUACCUUAUUGCUACCUACAAUUGAGAUCUGUUCUACGCCAAUAUUGAAAUUCACCAAAUCUGUUAUCAUAAUGCCUUAAAGUUUGGCUUGUGCACAUGCAAAUUCUCGUAUAUUGUUGCAAAAGAGAAGUGACAUAUACGGCCGAUUGUGAUGUAUCACUCAUCUCUCUAUGGAAGGGUAUUAAAUGCACUUGGCAGUAACUUUUUCAUAAUAUACUUCCAUCAUUAAACUGUGAAAAGAUAAUGUUAUGGUGUUUCUGUUUGAUGAACUGCACUCACAAAAAAAGAAAUAUUUACAUUGUUGGGCUCAAUGGAGCAAAAUGUGCUGUUGACCCUAGCCCUCGGGGAAGUGGUUUAGGUAAGGACUUUAGAAUCCGAUGCGCUCACCCAGCGAGAAAGGCCCUGAUGUGCAUUUAAGUGGUUUUUCCUUUUCACGGUUAAAUUAUUUCAAAUUGACUGAAAUGACGUUGUUUUUGCAUGUUUACAGCAUUUUCUUCAAGCAAGAGAUGGAGAUAACUUUGAUCGGUCUUCAAAAUGCUGGGAAAACUUCACUUGUAAAUGUCAUUGCUACUGGUGGAUAUUGUGAUGAUAUGAUCCCUACAGUAGGAUUUAAUAUGCGCAAGGUGACUAAAGGGAAUGUCACAAUAAAGUUGUGGGAUCUUGGAGGUCAACCUAGAUUUCGGAGUAUGUGGGAACGAUACUGUCGUGCAGUUUCUGUCAUUGUUUACGUUGUUGAUCUUGCCGAUCAUGAAAACAUCAGCGUCUCCCAACGUGAACUCCACGAUCUGCUGAGUAAACCAGCACUCAGUGGUAUUCCUUUGCUGGUAUUAGGGAACAAAAUUGACAAGGCUGAAGCCAUAUCUAAGAAUGGAUUGAGUCAUCAAAUGGAUUUGAAAUCUAUAACUGAUAGAGAGGUGUGCUGCUUUAUGAUUUCGUGCAAGAAUUCGACCAAUAUCGACCAGGUCAUUAAUUGGCUAGUUAAGCAUUCUAAAUCGAAGCGCUAAGGAUGGGGAUCUAUACUCUAAUUUGUGUUAUAAAAUUUUUAAGAGAUGAUUUUCCAGAUUGAUUUACUGCUUUCUUCAGAGUUGUCUACCUAGUAAAUUACUUUUACAGAAAUUAUGUAGGGUAAUUACCACUACAAAAAUUGUUAGUUAUA